CUUAAUAAUACAUGUUAAGGAUAGAGAUAUCCGGGUGCCCCCAAACACCAUAACUAUCGCCGCCGAUAUCGUUGAAGAAGAAGAAACAGACUUUUUUGUCCACUGCUCAGCCGCCGGCCCGGAAGAUUAAGGAUGGUGGAUUUGAUGUGGUUAAUAAUAAGUGGUUUACUUGUUGGAGCUGCACUUGGAUAUUUCAUCAGCACUUUACAACUAACCCGCAGAAUCUUUGUCUCGUCUUCCAAAUCUGUCGCCAUAAAUGCAGGACUUAAGAAGAAGACUCAAUCCAAGGAACCUCUCCAGAUAGAGAAACUCGCUGAUAUACGAAAAAAAUUCAAAAUGGUUUUGGUUGUGAGGAAUGAUCUUAAAAUGGGUAAAGGGAAGAUUGCAGCUCAAUGCAGUCAUGCAACUUUAGGUUUAUACAAGAAACUCCUGCAACGGGCACCAAGAGCCUUGAACAGAUGGGAAUAUUGUGCUCAGCCAAAAGUUGUUGUCAAAAUCGAGAGUGAGGAACAGAUGCUAGUUCUCCAAGAAAGAGCAAAGUCCCUUCAACUACCAACCCAUAUCACCAUUGAUGCCGGAAAAACACAGAUCGCUCCAAAUUCAAGGACAGUAAUGGCUAUUCUUGGAUCCGUUGAUAAUGUUGAUGAAGUUACAGGUGGACUAAAGCUUAUGUAAUAACUCUUGGAUUUGACAAUUAUCACAAUGUGGCUGGCUGAAGGGAGAGCAUGUUAUUUUUUCGACAUUUCUCGGUCACAAAUCUGUUUCCCCUUGUACAUGUACCACAAUUACUAGAAGAUAAUUACCACAAUUAAUUUUUA